GUCACUUGAGGAAUUACUUCAUUGACCUCAAUUUUAACAACACUUCUACCUCAAGGUCAUUCUAAUGGUUAAUAUGACAAAAUGCUGCGCCAGGCUAAUGCUCCGCUAAACCAAGCGCCAACACGUUCUUUUCAUCAGGAUUAUGGACUCUUCAAGAUCAUCUGUUAUGCAAAAGAUAGAAGUUUUUAUUUUAGCAGUUGUUGGAACGAUAAUUGCUGUCAUUAUUUUCAUUUCAAAGCUAAACACAGAGCAUGAUCAACUUUAUGAAGGAAGGCGCAGACCGACCCCAAGCAGAAAAUACUCUUUUACUCUUGUAACGGGGGCAAAUUCCGGAUAUCAUUCUCCUGGAUUGAGGAACUUUGUUGGAUCAGCUCAGCACUGGGCAGCAGGACUGAAUAUAGUGGUGUGGGAUCUAGGAUUGACGCCAGAGCAAGUGCAGGAAGUUCAAACGUGGUGUAAUGUGGCAUACCAACGUUUUCCUUUCGAGAAAUACCCUCAGUAUUUAAAGAAUUUAAAGGAGUAUGCUUGGAAACCAGUUAUAAUAAAACAAAUGGUAGACGAAGUGGGUAACAUUGUUUUGAUUGAUGCCGGUAGUCACAUCUGUGGAAAAAUAACACAAAUUGAUAACUUGAUCCAACAGGAUGGAUAUCUGCUCGUCCAAGGGCAGGAUGAUGAUGUAACACAGUUCCUCUAUGAACAAAUGUGCACAUUUAUGGGUUUAGACAAGAAAGCCUUUAAGUUAAAACCAUCGUACUCAGGAAAUCUAAAUGGCUGGUCCAAAAGGAAUGAUACGUAUGACAAGAUCCUAAAACCAUGGGUGAAAUGUGCAUUGACCAAGGAGUGCAUAGCCCCAGCAGGAUCGAGCCUUGAAAACCAUCGUUAUGACCAAUCUGCGCUGACUCUAAUAGCGUACACAUCUGGUUUGGAACUCCAGCACCACACUGAGCUAUACGCUGUCAUCAAGGAAUCUAGAAAUGGGAACAGAGAUUAUCUUGGACAUCUUCGAACAUGCUGACGUUGUAUAGAUAAACAGACAUUGAAUGCUUAUAUCAGCAUAGGUGAUUGCAAAGCCAAUUUUACAUAAAACAACCCAGCAGGCAAACGACAUUGAUUCUACGUUGAUUCAACGUUGAUCCACCAAAAUUAACGUUGAUUCAACGGUGAAUCAAUGUCGUUUGUCUGCUGGGAACAUACUUAAAAUAUAUGCAAGAGAAACAUGUAUAGAUGCAGUUGUCGCUGUAUUUAGGGAGUCUGAACCAGUUGACGUAUGUGACGAAAAUUAUGUAUUAAUAUGCAUAUAUUACAAAGUUAAAGGCAAACUAUGCUAGUGUUAUAUUCGUAGCGUCUUCACUCCUUUACUUUAGGUUUAGAAUAUCAUUCACCGUCUUCUUUCGUACUUUUGUAAAUGAGAUAGGAAGGGCAGUCGCCAAAACUAAAACAAUUAUUAAGCCUGCUUUAUUAAUAAAAUCCUUUCGUAUGACUCAUAUAUGUGACGGUGUAUAUCAUUCAAUAGUUUUUUUUUGUUUAGAAAUGUAAGUUGCCUAUGUCCUCUUAAAUUAUGACAUUCAAGUACCACACAUGAUAUGUCAUGAGUUGGUUAUUGUUGGUCAAUAGUUAGUUAUAUAAUAAUAAUAAUAAUAAUAAUAAUAAUAAUAAUAAUAAUAAUAAUGUAUGAAUCAUACACUAAUCCAGCUAACUAUUUCAUCUGCUGUGUUAUACAAGUACAUUCAAACUUACAAGCAUUAUUUCUCCAAACAAUAGGUGAAACUCAUGAUGAAUGGCUUAAUUCCGCUCUAAAAUCCAGACGCUGCACACUAGUAUUGUG